UCUUCAUCAUCUUCUUAAAUCUCUCUCUCUUUAUCUCUCUCCAUGGCUAGGGUUUUUCCUCAAACAGCCAUUUCUUCGCCGUAUAUGAGCACACAGAGAGAGACCUUCACGGUUUGGAUGAAAUCUUUGGUUUACCAAACCAACGGUUUAACGGUUUACAAUUCAAACGGCGAAAUCACGUACCGGGUCGAGAAUUACGAGAGGAAAUGCAGCAGUGAAGUUCACGUCAUGGAUCUCCACGGCAACAUUCUUUUCACCAUUCGCAAAAAGAAAUUAUGGGUAUUGGGUGGUUGGUAUGUGUAUAGAUGGGGCUCCGAAGAAGAGAAACCUUUUGCUAGAAUCAAAAGGUCUUCAAUGGGAGACGGAGAUUGGGAAGUUAGGGACGAGAACAAUGAAUCUUUUUGGAUUCUAAGAUUGGAUCCCAAAUUCGCAUUUCAGAUUCUAGACACAAAUGGUGACAUCAUCGCACAGGUGAAGCCAAAGCAAUCAUCAAACGGGGUAACAUUAGGAGAAGACGUGUUGGCUUUGGAGGUGAAGCCACGUGUCGAUCAUUCUCUUGUGGUGACACUUGUCACUGUAUAUGGAUUGAUCAAGGGCCGAGUUUAACAUUUUUCACUAUAUUAUUAAUAAUAUUAUUAUUUUUUCUGGUUUAAUGUAUUUUUCCGGGCUUUGUAAAUAUUUCUGUGAGUAGCUGUUUAAUAUUAGGAGUUUUGUACGUUUUUUUCUCUUAUAUCUUGGCCAGAAUGAAAUCGUAAAUUAAAGGGAAAAAAGGAUGUUUAACACCGGAAU